AUGGAUAUUAAAGAAAAUUUAAAUUAUGGAAUAAUCAUCGAUGCUGGUUCAACAGGUUCAAGGCUUUUUCUUUACGAAUGGAUUUCGAAAUCAGAUAAACAAUUAAUUGAUAUUAAAAUUGUGAAUGAUUUGGAAGGAAAACCUGUGGUUAAAAAAGUAACGCCUGGAUUGAGUUCUUUUGCUGAAAAGCCUGACGCUGCCCCAGAUUAUUUAUUGCCAUUACUUCAAUAUGCUUCUGAACGUAUUCCAACUCAUAAACGUCCAAAAACUCCUCUUUUUAUUUUUGCGACUGCUGGAAUGAGGCUGUUGCCUUUAGAAAAACAAAAUUUAAUUAUUUCAAGUUUGAGGAAAAAACUUCCAAAAAUUAUUGAAUUAAAAAUUAAUCCAGAAAAUAUUAAAGUAAUUAGUGGAAAAUGGGAGGGUAUAUAUAGCUGGAUUGCUGUAAAUUAUAUGCUUGGACGAUUUAAUUCAACAACAACAAAUUCUUUAUCAAUGAAUACACAAAUUGGGAAUAAUGAAAAUAAUUUUAAAAUAUUAGAAAGGCAAAAAACUGCAGGUUAAUCGAAUAAUUUUUUUAAGGAUUUUGGGGAAAAGGAAUGUUGCGGAUUGGGUAAAAAUCGGAUUAGGGUUUUAAAAUUUUCUUUGAAUUGGGUUUUAGCUCAGGUCCGUAGCCAGGGUGUUGGGUGCAGAAAA